AUGGCGGAAUCAAUCACCUCUCUUGUAAAGAGAGUAUAUGUCGCAGUUACGGCAUCGACAACUCCAGCCGAGCAGGCUGAAAUGCUGCGAGACCCCUUUCUAAAAUCUAGGAAAUAUGGAUAUGGAUUCACAUACUUCGCAAUCAUCCUACUGGUCCUUACGUCUUUCAUUCGAUUGUACCAUAUCUGGGGCGAUAAAAUCCGAAUCGCCCUAUACAGAGAGCGUCGAUCAGGUUCUGAAACCCCAAGUGCAGACUUUGAUAUUUCAGCUGCUCAAACAACGACCUCUUCGCCUCCAAAGCGUGAUUCGGUUUUACACAAGAUACUUCCGCUUCACAAAAUCAUUGCGCUCAUGCGCUGGAUCUUCUACCGGCCAAUACCGUCCCUCAAGAUUGGCAAGAUAGAAGUGGUGUUUCCAUCUCUAUCAGUGACGGUCAUUGUUUUGGCGGCAAUGAUCUUCGUGACAUUAUACUGCUUUUUGCCACAGCCUUUAUACUACUGGUCGAUAUCUCUAGGAUCCCCACCACUUGCAAUUCGUGCGGGCAUGCUAGCAGCUGCCAUGAUCCCUUGGAUUGUCGCGCUCAGUACCAAGGCAAAUUUUAUUACCAUGUUCACGGGAUUAAGCCCAGAGCGGCUAAAUGGUCUGCACCGCUGGUCAGCCUACAUCUGUCUGUUUCUUAGCCUUGUCCACAUCAUUCCAUUUUACAUCACUCCAGUUUGGACAGAUGGUGCUGAGGUCAAUUACCGAAACUUCAUUACCCAGGGUAUAUAUGUUUACGGGACAGGUUGGGCAGCAGCCGUGCCGCUUUUCAUUCUGUGUGUUCAUUCGCUUCCAUUCUUGAGAUAUCAGAUGUAUGAGCUUUUUGUCAUGAUUCAUAUUCCUGUUUCUUGGGUGUUUCUGGCAAUGCUGCUAUGGCACACCAAAAAUUGGCUUCAGUCUUGGGGUUAUCUCUGGACUACGGUGGUCAUUUGGAUUCUUAGCUAUCUUAUCCGACUUUGGUAUCUGAACUGGAUGAAUCCCUUUUGGUCUUCUUCGUUCAUGAUCGGAGAAGAAUCGGCCGUAACAUUGCUCCCACAGGGUGCCAUCAAGGUGACUGUGCCAACAAGAAUGCGCUGGCGCCCUGGCCAAUACGUCUAUCUACGCAUGCCCGGGGUUGCUGUUUUUGAUAACCACCCGUUUACGAUUUCCUCACUCUGUAGUGAUGACUUCCCAUCUGCAUAUGGCGAAAAGUACCGUGAUAUGACCCUUGUUUUCCGGCCCUUCCAAGGUUUCACACGCAAAGUCUUGCGCGAAGCAUUGAAAAAUGGCCCACUCAAAAUCUUUUCGGCAUUUUUAGAGGGGCCAUAUGGUGGCAUGCAACGUGAGAUGGCUGCAUUUGACGAUGUAGUGUUCUUCGCAGGAGGAAGUGGUAUCACCGCGAUUGCUAGCCAGCUUCUCGACCUGAUCAAGAAGAUUCGGGAUGGAAAGGCUACUAUAAAGUCAAUCAAGGUAGUUUGGGCACUGCGAAGUCCAGAGACCAUGAGCUGGUUCCAAGAAGAAUUGCGGAUUUGCCGUGACAAUGCACCCACCGAUAUCAUGCAAUGCCAUUUUUUCCUUACCGGACUUGAACAAAAUAACCAAACUGAGCGGGACUUGGUACAGGAGAAGAUUUAUAAGAUGUUGCAAGGAAUCGACAAGAAAAACGCAACCCACAUCCAAGAAGAGGCUGCAGGCGAUAUGGAGAGAGAAAAGGAGCUACGCCACGAGAACGAAGACGGGAUAACUGCACUACCAAGUGCACACAUUUCCAAUAGCCGACAUUACUACCAGCCUCCAAUGAAUCUCUCAACACAGCAGACAUAUGCCCCCAGUCCAGGCUUUGACUUUGGAUUUACUAGUCCACAGAGACCCAUACCUCGUUAUGCUUCUUUCCAACCGUCGCCGAAAAGAGAUAACUGGCGGACUGACUACUUUCGCCCGAAUAUUCCUGAGAUACUCAAUGAGUACUCGAAAAUCUUUGGCAGACGAGCUUGUGUCUUCGUGUGCGGUCCACCCAGCAUGCGUGUUGAGGUGGCCAAUACUGUGGCCAAGUUGCAGAUGCAGGUACUCACAGAUCCAUCAAAAACCGAGAUAUUCCUGCAUGCAGAGAACUACAACAACUAG